AGUCGUUUGCAGUCGUUUGGUACCUAAGCAGCUAUUUGGCCAGCUUUAACGUGCUUAUAGUGUGAUAUUUAACAAGUUUCUAGUUCAAACUGGUUCAAACCGAAAGAGAUUGAUGGAGGACCCAAUGCAAAAGAAAAUUCACGCAAAGGAAAAACCUUGCAUGUCCAAAAACGAUGAUGUUACAACGCAAAAUAAUGAAAAUACAUUGGAUUUGAGUACCGUUUUAACCUACGAUAUUUUGAGAAUUAUCUUUCAAUAUUUAGAUGCAAGGGAUCUGGCGAACGCUGCGAUGGUUUGCAGAUUCUGGUUAGAAGCUGCGAAUAAUGAGAAAUUGACAAGAGGUCAUCCAUGUUACUUCACACAAUUUUACGAUGAUUACGACAGAAACGGACGACACGAAUUAUUAUGUUAUAUCAAUAGAAUAAGAAUUAAACCAUCAAUAGGUUUCUUUUUUAUGCGUUCAGACACACCACGUAAUAUAUAUAUAGAAGAAUGUACAGAGGCUUUGCUACCUAAAGAUUGUGAAGCUAUAAUGUUGUAUAGUGAAGGUAUUAUUGUACAAAAUUGUCAAUUUCCAAAUAUAACAUGUGUGUUUUUGCCACAAAUCCCGAACGUUAAAAUAAAAUCGUUCAUACUGUCAGAAAAUUAUAUCAUACAAGAAACAGCUGAAUAUCGGGAGAUAAUUAGCACAAUUGUUAAUAAUGAAACAUCUACCUUGAGUGAUAAGACAUCUACAUGUUUUAUGUUAUUUUGCAAUGGAAAGGACCGUACCACAGCACAACGUUGGGCCUCAGCCAUACAAGAAAUUAGCAAAGAAUGUGAAGCAGUUUCUGUAUGGGGCGGGGUGAUGAUAGACAUUCAUGCACAACGCGCACAUACUGACUUGCGCAAAAGACAAAUGAGAACCAGAUCGCUUGAGAAAAUGAAUACAUUUGAAUAUUGUGUCGCCGUUCUAAUUACUGGCCCUAUAUGGACGUGGUCCGUGAUUUUGGAAUGGACAUGCAAUACAAAUGAGCUAAUCGAAGCGAGAUUAAAAUUAUUUAAGAACAAAGUGAAGUUAAAAAAACAUUCCAUAGGAUUUAUGAUCAUGUCCGAACCUCGUGAAUCUUCAUAUUUAGAACCAGUAAUAUUCACAAGAUUAUUCCCCGAAGUACGCUUAGUAGGUUGCAUUAGUUAUGGCGAGUUCGGCAAAAAUACUGCCGUCAAUGAGAUGAACGAAGAAAGGAAUAGUAAAUUUUGGUAUAAUGAUCUCUGUACUGUAUUUUUGAUACUUACGUAUGGUUAACGUUUUUUAAGAAGAGACAUAUGACUGCUACAUGCUGUGAACAUAUUUUAUUUAUCACUUUGUAUUACUAGAUUUAGGUUUUGUAUUUACCAAUCUUUUCUGUUAUUAAUGGAACAUGAAAGCAAUGAUCGUUCGAUAUUCACAGAACAAAAAUGUACAGUAUAACGAAUGUUGUAGCAAUAAACCUGAUUACAGAGA